AUGUCUGACUCUGACUCUUUUUAUUCUAUUGAGUCAGAGAGUUCUUUUGUAUCUUUUGAUGAUCAGAUAAGUCAUAGUGUGCCCUCUUUAAGUAGCCAAUUGAAUAGCAUUUUUCACUUUUUUGAUAAAACGUUAAAUGUUUGCCAUAUUAACGCACAAAGCAUUCCCAGCCACUUUUCUGAGCUAGAAGCAUCAUUCUCUAACAAUAAUAUACAUGCUAUCUUAGUAUCAGAAACUUGGUUGAAACCGUCUUUACAUUCGGCAUUGUAUCCUCUUCCUGGGUUUGUACUGAUUAGGAAUGAUCGUAUAGAUAAAGGAGGAGGUGGAGUUGCAAUAUAUCUCCACGCUUCAAUUUCCUACAAAAUCAUAUUAGCAUCCCCUUCUCCUUAUACUGCUUCCGCUGAAUUCCUUUUUAUAGAACUAGAUGUAAAGGGCUCAAGGAUGAUUCUUGGAGCAGUGUAUUGUCCUCCUUCCACUAAUUACUUCGCCAAUUUAGAAGAGGCUCUUGAUAACAUUGGUUCUGAGUACGCUCACUGCAUAAUCAUGGGAGAUUUCAACACGGAUUUACUGAAAAAUUCAGUCCGGUCUCAAAAGCUUCGUGAAAUCAUUGAGUCUGUCAAUCUCAACAUUCUUCCUUUAAAGGCAACUCAUCAUAAUAUCGACACUGAUGACUCUCUGAUUGAUCUCAUCAUAGCUGACUCCUCUGACAGGGUGCUGUCAUAUGGGCAACUUGAAGCGCCGGGAUUUUCCCGCCAUGAUCUUGUUUAUGUAUCAUACAACCUUAAACCUCCCAAAUAUCAACCUACUGUACUGUCCUUACGUAAUUUUAGUAGAAUUAAUAUGGAUAAGCUUUUGAAAGACGCAUCGCUAAUAGAUUUUACGCCAUUAGCUACUGCAUCCACUGUAGAUGAUAAAGUAACUAUUUUCAAUAACAUAAUUCAUGUUUUAUAUGAUAACCAUGCUCCUGUACGUAAAGUAAAACUACGACGUCCACCAGCUCCCUGGAUGACUGAAGAGGUACGGAAAGCCAUGACCAGACGAAAUCGAGCCUUUGCCCGGUUCAAGAGGAGCAGAUCUGAGGAAAACUGGUUAUCUUUUAAGAAGGCCAGAAACAGAUGCAAUCAGAUGGUACGUUCUGCAAAACGCCGAUUUAUCCAUAGCAAUAUAAGUAAUUCUUCGCCAGCUGAUGUGUGGAAAUUCCUUAGUUCUCUAGGUUUGGGUAAAACACCUUCUUUGUAUUGUGGUUUAUCUCUUUCUCACGAUGCUUUAAAUAUUCAUUUUGCUUCUGCUUCUGCAUUGGACCAUUCAAUCCGAUCCCAAACAGUCGCUUACAUAGCUUCAAUUCCGUCUCCGCACAUACCAGUCUUUCUUUUUAACCCUGUUGAUCAGGAUGAAAUAAGAAAUACUCUUCUGGCAAUAAAAUCCAAGGCUGUCGGUUGCGAUGAUAUUAGUAGAGCCAUGAUUAUUAAUAUUCUAGAACCUAUUCUUCCCGCAAUUACGCAUAUUGUUAAUUUUUCGCUUGACUCGGGUCAGUUUCCGAGUCAGUGGAAAAAGGCUUUCAUUAGACCCCUUCCUAAAGUAUCCAAUCCUACACUUCCCAAUCAUUUCCGCCCCAUAUCAGUUUUACCUUUCCUAUCUAAAGUUCUGGAAGCCUGUGUUCAUAAGCAAAUUUCCAAUUUCAUAUAUAAACAUAACCUGCUGAGUACUUUUCAGUCCGGGUUUCGUCCUGGUCACAGCACUACAACUGCCUUACUCAAAAUAACUGAAGAUAUUAGAGAAGGAAUGGAUAACAAGAAAGUUACAGUUGUGGUGCUCGUUGACUUUUCUAACGCUUUUAACACAGUUGACCAUGAUAUCCUUCUUGCUAUCCUUUCUCAUUAUAGGUUUGCAUCGUCAGUCCUGGAAUGGAUCUCAUCUUAUCUUCGCGGACGUCAACAGUCUGUCCAAGUGGAGCAAAUGACUUCACAGUGGGUUGAGCUGAUUUCUGGCGUACCGCAAGGCGGUAUACUUUCUCCUUUAAUCUUCUCUAUUUUUAUUAAUUCCAUCACAUCUAAUAUUGAUUGUUCGUACCAUCUGUAUGCUGAUGACCUACAAUUUUAUGUACAGUCUAACAUUUGUGACAUCCACAAUGCAAUUAACAAAUUGAAUUCCAAUCUCAAGUCAGUACGUGAUUGGUCCAUGCGCUUUGGAGUAUCUGUCAACCCUACGAAAUGCCAAGCGGUGAUUAUGGGUAGCUCAAGGAUGCUUGCAAAAAUAGAUGCCGCUAGCCUACCUCCCAUCUAUUAUAAUGAUCGUCUGAUACCGUUCUCUUCCUCAGUUAAAAAUCUUGGUCUCCAUAUUGAUAGUACUCUGUCCUGGGGGGUUCAUAUCUCCGAAACAUGCCGUAAAGUCUCCGGGUCUUUACGUUCUCUCCAUCGCUUGAAAAAUUUUCUCCCCUUUAAGACUAAAAUUAUGCUUGUACAGUUACUUAUACUACCUAUCAUUGAUUAUGCUGAUGUGUGCUACUCGGAUUUAAACCAAAAUCUUCUUAACAAGCUAGAGCGCCUACUCAACAAUUGCGUCAGAUACAUUUUCAAUCUUCGUAAAUUUGAUCAUAUCUCUCACUAUCGCUCUCGCCUUAAAUGGCUCACUAUUAAACAGAGGCGUGACUCUAGAAUUUUGCUUGUUCUCUUCUCUAUCUUAAAUGAUCCAUCCACUCCUUCUUAUCUCAAGGAGAAAUUUCAAUAUAUUUCCUCAAAGCAUGAUAGAACUCUGCGGUCCUCAUAUAAUAAUAAACUAAGUAUCCCACUACAUUUUACUAAUUUUGUUGGUAAAUCCUUCACCAUUCAGGCUGCACUGCUCUGGAACUCCUUACCCGAUGACGUCAGAAAUACAUCUAAUAAGACUGCCUUUAAAAGAUUGGUUCACAAGCACUUUAAUGAUAGUGUUAGCCCGGUAUCUGCACCAACUCUACGGAAAAAGGUUCUUUUACAAAAUGCAACCUCAACGCAAAACACUACUAGCUCUGCCGCAGAUACGGAGAGUUCCCAAAGGGCCAUGACUGAAACAUCCAGGUCCAAAAAUCCAGACAAUUUACAUUGUAGUAUAAUUGGGAAGGAACAUGUAGAGCAGGAAAAUAUCACUGCCAGAAAUCCACAUCAACAUGACACUGCCUCUGAAAACAACACCUCUAUUACGAUGGAUAUGGAGGCGGAGCUUGACAUGUUAGGAAUUUGCAAGCCUGUACUCCGUACUGAUGACGACUGUUUGGAUUCUGAUAGUGUGGCAAGUGGUGGAAGCAGGAGGUCAAGCAUUUUACCGCCCGCAUAUAAACGGGCUGGAAUUUCAAUGGACCUUGCAACACAGCGCGCCAAUGAGUUCUUGCUUUCAGGCAAAGAAGCAUUAGAGAAAGCGGGAAACAUGAAGCGCGAGUGUAAACAGGAAGUUCACGAUUGCCUUCAAGGACUUUAUGAAACGGUGUUAUCGCUCUCGGACUCACGCUCUCGACACCGGCUCGCAUUAGAACAAGAGCGUAGUCGAGCAACAAAAGAACUAGUAAGAGUCGAGAGAGCACAUAACAAACAAAUCUCAGACCUGCAAUCCUUACAGCUUCAAAAGUUCAGGGACAUCCAACAAGUCAUCCAAGAAACUCAAAAAUCCGUAGAGUCAAUAAGGGGAUGGCUUAACUAUGAAAUGAAUGACCCUAUUAAGGCUAUCUACCAAAUUCGACAGGAUAUUAGUGAAAUAUCCACUAGACGUACUAAUGAAACCCCCAAUUAUACCACUGUUAAUCGAGAAACUUUACCCAUCGAGAACACAAUGGUAUUUACGAAUCAGAUAAGGGAGGUGAUUGAACAAAUAAAAGUGCUUAGCCGUAAUAUUGGUGACCUUAGGGAUAAAAUGGCAGAUAAGGAAAGUAUUAAGAGCAUUACUUUGGCAAUGGAUCAGUUAAAAAAGCCACAAAUAGACCCUAAUGUCAACAAUAUCAAAGUAAUUAAAAACAUGAUUCAAGAGUUGCAAACAAGACCUCAGUGCUCCAAAUCUUCACAGGUAAUAUCGGCAGACGACAUAUUAACAGCUGUAGAACCUUUGACAUUAAAAGUUGAUAAACUGUCGAAUGAAAUAAGGGAGUUAAAAGAAAGUGGAACUAGUCAGUGGGCAUACCAAAACAACUCUGGUCUAGGCACAGAGCUUGCAAUAGCAGAAAUCAAGGAAAAACUAGAGCACUUAGAAGCAUGUAAUAAUAGCUCUAUGAUGAUGAACAAAACCACUGAUAACCUAAAUUACCAUGCUUCUAAAGAGCAGCAAGCGGCCGGUCCAAAAAGAUCUUAUGCUGAAGUUUUCACUAACCCUACCUUUUCUCUCGUAAUAGAAUCUUCUGACCCACGGCAUACAAGUGAGGAUGUCGUUAGUGCUAUUAAGACUAAUGUUGAUGUAGUGCAAUUGGGAGUGGGAGUCAAUAAAGUUAGAAGAGCCAGAAACCAGAAGGUAGUUAUUACGUGUGACACAGACGAAGACCGUAACACAUUACAAAAUGCGAUAAAAAAUUCAGAUAAAAAGCUUACAGUGUCUAAGUCAAUCACAAAAAAACCCCUAUUAAAAUUAAUAGGAGUAACAAAUGACUUAAGUAAUGCAAAGUUAGAAGAAGCACUAUUUAAGCAAAAUGCUAAGUUGUUAAAAGACGUGGAAAAGGAAAAAACUAAAAUUAAAGUCUUAAGACGAAUCAAGGGCCGCACAUCAGCAGUCAAAAAUAUCAUAAUGGAGGUAAGCCCUAAUGUCUGGAAAGCAUUUAAAGGUCAAAAAGUGCACGUCGGCUAUCAAAUAGUUCCAGCCAUUGACCAGUCACCAGUAAUCCAAUGCUACCGAUGCAUGGGAUUUGGUCACAGAGCGAAAGAAUGCGUGGCAGACAAACAAACUUGUGGUUACUGUGCGGAGGAUCAUGACAGUAGGGAAUGUUUACGCAGCAACGGAGCACCAUCUUGUGUGAACUGUGUCAGAAACAAAAUUAAGGGGGACUAUUGCCAUACAGCAUACAGUGCCGAUUGCCCAGUAUGGCAGAAAUGGGAUAGAAAAGCAAGAUCCUUAGUAGCAUAUUGCUAA